UGAAGUUCAAGACAACAGUGUAAAACACCUGCAAGUUCAGUGAUUUCUUUGGAAUUUCCAAGUUUAUCUGAAAAAAAAUGUCUUGACAGUUGUAGUCGGUGCUAUCCAUCUAACUGAAAAUGAGACCAGCAAGGCCGAGACGCAAGUCGGAUCGGAUGGCUUGUAAGCAGUGUCCAGCUUGCUGUGAUCAGGUCCCAGUUGCGUGUAAAUAUUGUCCCUGUGGUCAUCAGUUUCCUACUAGAAACAAGGCUAAACAAAAGUCUCUCCGAGAAGAAUCUUCCAAAGAUGAUACAGCAGAGUCAGCUACAGUAGCAUCUGAACCAAACACUGACUCGACGAGUAAAGAUGGUAGUGAGAUUGGAACAAAGCGAAGAACUGUUCGCACAAAACGAUUCCGUCCAGAUUUCUUUAACCCAAUGGAGGAGCAGGUCACUAGGCGCAAGCCAAAGGAGGGAGAGAAAGCCAAAAGGAGAAGAAGUAGGGCCAAAAGCAACAGUAGCACUGCCAAAGAAGAGACCAAUAAACAAGCCACACUGCCUACUCCUGAGGAUGACAUGUUUGCCAACCUCCCAGCUGAGAAAGCCUUGCAGUAUUCAGUCAUUCUGGCAGAAUUAAACAGAAAACUUACCACUCAGCAUUUCAAGCCUUUAUGAUGACUUAAAGUGUGUGCUCAGUAAUAUUAUCAUGGAUGCAUGGGCUGAAGAGUUCACAGAAAGUGAUCACAGAUGGAUUGCAUCCAAUCCUGUAAACCACUU